GACCCACCUGCGGCAUCACGUGACCAUGUUUACCUAUGGGGUUAAAGGGUAAACAUACAUGUACAUGGAAGUUAGACAAACGCGUGGCAAAACAUGAUUGAAGCGAAGUAUACCGUCUGAGUCGGAGUGUUCAUGUUGUUCACAGGCUUGUACCGGACUCUUACACUCAUGGAAAGACGAUUUUAAAUCUCAGAAGCGAGAGCAGUUGCUACUAGUCUUAUUAUCAUAGAAUUUUGUAUCCGUACCAUGACGAAAAGAGGAAUGGACACAUUCCACUUGAUCGUCCUUCCGAUCGUCCUGUUGUGUUGUGUUGUGGGGAUAUGUGGUGAGACGGAGGUACACGGCACAUGCACGAAGGAUGAUGGGGUGGACUGUGGUUCAACAAGCUCGAGUUUGGAAGUUUCACCGAUUAUCACAAAGCUUGAUGGUGUAGAGGUCGGACAUGUGCAAGAUGUAAUUCUUGGCGGGAAAACACAUCAGAUGACGACAUUAUCGAUGAAGCCGCAAGUUCUAGAGAUCAAGCAUUUUUUGACGGAUGAGGAGUGUGAUCACGUGGUCCGGCUAGCUAAGAAGGACGGGAUGUUCGACAGUGUGACCAACACUCCCACCAAGUCUGGCAGCGUCAAAGUCAUGGACAUGAACCAGGACACGGCUCUCAGUCUCAGGGAGUUUAUUCUGACGAUCGAGAACUCAUUUGACAUCUAUUUGGAUGAGGACGACAUGCUGAAGAUGUAUUCCGAAUUAGGCAUGGAUCGCAAUGGUGACACGGAGAUAUCAAGGGAAGAGCUUCAUGGGCAAGAUCCAAAGUCCGUCAUUGAUUGGUUGACGGACUACGUUGACAAACGGCCGUACAAAAAGUCCCGGAUGAGCCGACAGGCCUGGUUGUACCCCAGCAAAAUUCACGACAAGAUUCUGGACGAGAUACAAGAGAGGGUGGUUAGCCUUGUGGGUUUGCCUCGCAUUCUAAUAGACAAGAACGACGAGUUCCAGGUGGUACAGUACGGGCCGAAGGGGCACUACCACGCGCACUGGGACUCCGGCAGCUGGGCCGAGAAGUACCCGUGCUGUCAUCACGUCAAGAGCGGGGCGCGAUGUAAGUCCUGCAGGUUCAUGACCGUGCUCCUGUACCUGAAUGAAGUGGAGGGAGGCGGCGCUACUGCCUUUCCUAUCGCGAACAACGAGACAUUCAACGAAAAUUCAUUCCGGAUGAGCGGUAAGAUUAACCUCCAUCGGCACUGUGAAGACGCCAACUUAGUCGUCCCGGCGGAGAAGGGGAAGGCUAUCAUCUGGUACAACCACCACCUGGAUCCUACAACGGGGUGGGUGGGAGAAAUGGACAGUUUCACUCUGCACGGGGGGUGUGGCGUCACCAGUGGACACAAGUGGAUCGCUAACAAGUGGAUACUGGUCAGCGACAAGCGAGACAAGGACCUGGACCCUAACUUCAAACCCAACAGAGCAUAAGCUGUACGGUCAAAGAUGUCCUACGUACAGUGUACACCAUCUAAAACAUUUCUGGAAGUGUCCUCAUGACUUUUUCCUAAAACACGGACAUUGUGUAGAUGUAUCGAACUUUCAAAGCAAAAGGGUUUGUCAUUACUGGAGAGCAACAAAAUAGAAAUAUUUUGUCAACAGCUAUUGUUUAGUUGUAAGCUAAGUUUAAAUGUAUUUUUGUAUGAAAAGAACAUUGUUAUGACGUACGCCUUUCUGCUUCUUCCCGUGGUUACCUUUGAAAGUACUUUCAGUCAGCACAAAUUCAGCCUGUGUAUGAAACUAUGAAUUAUCAAGUUACGGCUGCAGUAGCUCUAUGUACUUUUAUAUACAAUGCAGAUUUGUUACACCCUUACAAAUCUUGCAACGUUUUUUUUUUACACAUUGAAUGUUUUUUUUUGCAAAUUUGAUGUAGUGAUGGUAACUGGUUAAAUGUGUGCAAUACUUCUGUGGUGCGGAGCUGGUGUGAUGUUAACAUGCAUUUAUGGUUGGGAGAAAUACCGAAAGAUUAGAACUUUAAUCACUGAUUUGUAUGAUGUCAUGUGCUUCCUUAAUGUUGAUUGUUAUCAUUGUGAUACAGCAUCAAUGGCUGACUAGGCUGGAUGAAGAGUUCACAAGUUUGAUAUCUGGCAAUGGCAUUCUUGGCUAGAUGUUGUGUCCAUGGGAAUGGCACAAACCUAUUAAAGAUAGUCAUCACGGCUAGAUUUUCAGGCUCCAAAGUCUUUGGUUCCUUUAUUCAAUUCUUCUAUCAAAGAUACUGAAAAAGGCAGUAUGUAGCCUGGAAAUGGCACUUUUUCUGAGAGACUUUAAAGUCAUUUAAUACCUCAGUAGGGUUUGUACAACUCAGUCCACAUAUUUUCAAUUGUACAAUUAUACAAACAAAUUCUAGAAAAUAUAAUUCUACUGUUUAAAGCAAGUUGAAACAUUCAACCUUUUGUUUUUCAUCGUGGUUGACUCUAAUAAAGCAACAAGUUUUCAAGUGUUCAUCAUAGUGUAAUCUUUAUGUAUCUACAUAUUAAUUUGUUUUAUUUUGUCAAGAGCACAUGACAUCAAAGUUGGCCAACUAGGACAAAAUAUAUAUAACAGCAUAAUAUAGAAAUUGUUGAGAAAAUACACACAGAAAACAAUGUGAAAUGACAUAAAAGAAGCUCCAAAUAUCAAACUGAAAUGCUCUAUUUAAAGUACUCUUGAAUAUAAUAGCUAUUCAUCUGAAUAUUACAUACACCUCCAGAAAACAAAAACUACAAAAUAUAUACACAUUUCCACAUGCAACACAAGGGACUUACAGGAAAAUACUGACAAAAAAGUACAUCAUUGAGUUUCUUAAAAGCCUCUAGGCUGAGCUUAUGAUAUCAGAGGUGAAAUUUGAUAGAAACACACCUCUUGGUUUGAUGAGCCUAUAGACCAAUUUUCAUUACUAUAUAUGCGCAGCAUUUUUGAUUAUUCUGAACAGAAGAACAUCAGGAUUUCUGCAGUUCCAGGAGAAAUUUGGAACAGUUUUGAUAUUUUUAUCCAAGACUAGCAUUGCAUACUGAAAUUUUGGCCCAUCAGCAAUCUGCAAAUUAGUUCAAACUAAAAAAUGUCAGUAUCAAUUACAAAGAAUCACAGUAGUUGUAUGUCCUGAUAUUCGGGUUGUGGGGACUGUUUCAUCAUCCAAACAUCUGCCAGAAAACAUUCUGCAGCAUUGUGUUAUCAAAAUGAUUUUCUCUGUACUUAUAAGGGUACAGUAAAGAUUCUAUACAUGUGUACAGAAACCCUACCAACCUUCCUAUUUUAACCUCCUUGACCAAAUAAGUCAACAUGAUGUUUGCCUGGGCUUUUAGAUCAUUCUGAGAUGGAUCAUUU